UCGGGAAGAUGAGAAUCGCCCAUCCUCCUCAUUUCAUUUCCUUUUGUUUAUUGUUCUUCCGGACAUGUUUGAAUCCUUCCGAUUCAUUUUCUCGUUUCCUCGUUAAUUGCAGAUGAAGAGAGCGAUCUCUGCUCCCUAAAAGUUGCGUCGACUCCGCCUCCGAGAUUUUUUUUCACCGUAGCAAUCUGAUAGACUGAAGACGGUGUAGUAAGAAUUGUAUUUUGCUCCGAGGGUUAGUUAGAGGGAGGAUCCAAUCGAUUCUGGUUGUUUGCUUGUCUGAAGAGUUGGACAUAUCAGUAUUAGAGAAAUGCCUGCACAGAAGAUUGAAAGUGGUCAUCAGGAUACCGUUCAUGAUGUGGCGAUGGAUUAUUAUGGCAAGCGCCUUGCAACAGCUUCAUCCGAUCAGACCAUUAAGAUAAUUGGAGUCAGCAACUCAGCUUCUCAGCAUCUAGCCACGCUUACUGGUCACCAAGGACCAGUUUGGCAGGCUGCUUGGGCGCACCCAAAAUUCGGGUCGUUAUUGGCUUCGUGUUCUUAUGAUGGACGUGUGAUUAUAUGGAAGGAAGGCAAUCAGAAUGAAUGGACUCAAGCUCAUGUUUUUGAUGAUCACAAAUCAUCGGUUAAUUCUAUCGCUUGGGCUCCUCACGAAUUGGGUCUAUGUUUGGCGUGUGGUUCGUCUGAUGGGAAUAUCUCAGUAUUCACCGCAAGGCAGGAUGGUGGUUGGGAUACAUCGAGGAUCGACCAAGCUCACCCACUAGGUGUUACUUCAGUUUCAUGGGCCCCUUCGACUGCACCCGGUGCUCUUGUUGGUUCUGGCUUGGUUGAUCCUGUACUAAAGCUUUGCUCUGGUGGUUGUGAUAAUACUGUGAAGGUUUGGAAACCAUAUAAUGGAGUUUGGAAGAUGGACUGUUUCCCUGCACUUCAAAUGCACACUGAUUGGGUUAGGGAUGUUGCAUGGGCGCCUAAUCUUGGACUACCGAAAUCUACUAUUGCAAGUGCUUCUCAGGAUGGAAAAGUUAUUAUAUGGACGGUUGCCAGAGAAGGGGAUCAAUGGGAAGGUAAGAUAUUGAAUGACUUCAAAACUCCUGUCUGGAGGGUCUCAUGGUCUUUGACUGGAAACAUCUUGGCCGUGGCUGAUGGGAACAACAAUGUGAGUUUGUGGAAGGAAGCUGUUGAUGGGGACUGGCAACAGGUGACAACCGUAGAGCCAUGAUCCAGUUUUAAAAUUUUUGCAGUGCAUUUGAUUUCAGGCUUUAUAAUCUGCUUAGUACAUGAGAGAUAUCUUGUUUCUUUUGGAAUAUAUAUCCUUUGACUUGUUUUUCUAUUUUAAAUCAUUUAACUACUGAUUCACUUUGAACA